UCGAGGCGGGAUCAGUAAUGUCCCAACUGGGUUUUAUUGGUAAAGUCCCCAGUGACGUAGUUUAGUCCCAGAGAACUGCGUUCAGAGUAGCGUAGAGGUUAUGAUUCAAUAAAGUCCCAAACGACGUUACGUUCCAUACUAGGGAAGCCACCAAGCCACCAAGGCCCGCACAUAACUACGCCUUGAUUUACCAUUUUCUUUGAAGGGACUCUUUUCGAAGCUUACCUGUUCGUGUAACGUUGUCCCACUGAUCCCACAACAAUGUACGAGGUAUUUUUUAGGCUCAAUUCUCAUGACAUGCUAGCGGGAAGUUUUUAGGUGAUACGGGAUACCACUAUGAUCAUCCAUUCAUCUCCGAAACGAUCUGUCAGAAUCCUCAUCCUUGGAGGUAGAGGUGUGGGCAAAACAUCUCUAAUAUUAUCUCUAGUCAGUGAAGAAUUUUUGGAAGAUGUCCCUCCUAAGGCAGAGGAAAUUACCAUUCCAGCUGAGAUCACUCCGGAGCUUGUCCCAACAAACAUUGUGGACUACUCAGCUUUGGAACUCUCUGAAGACCAGCUUCAAGAUGAGCUGCAUCGUGCACAUGUAGUCUGCUUAGUUUACUCUGUUAUCGAUGAGGAUAGUCUUGCUGCCAUCACUAAUUACUGGAUCCCCUUGAUCAGAGGGACUCUCCCUCUUGUCAAAAUGCCAAUCGUUCUUGUCGGCAACAAAGCGGACCUCAUAAAUUACUCAACCACAGAUGCUGCUCUAAAUAUUAUGUCCACCUACCCUGAGGUUGAGAGUUUUAUUGAGUGUUCAGCAAAAACAUUACACAACAUUAGUGAAAUGUUUUAUUAUGCUCAGAAGGCAGUACUUCAUCCAAUGGCUCCCAUUUAUAUGCCUGAGAAACAAGACUUAACAGAUGAAUGCAAGGAGGCUCUAGCUAGAAUAUUCAAGAUCUGUGAUUUGGACAAUAAUGGUGUUUUAGAUGACCAUGAAUUGAAUGUGUUUCAAUGCCGAUGUUUUGAAUCACCUUUAAGACCAGAAGCAUUAAAUGAUGUCAAAGCCAUCCUAGGUAAAAACAUAAAAGGAGGACUAAAUGAGGAUGAUUUCAUCACUCUGAAAGGUUUCCAAUUUCUUCACUGUUUGUUCAUGCAAAGAGGACGAAGCCACACAGUCUGGGCAGUUUUACGUAAAUUUGGAUACACAAAUGAUCUGCAUUUGUCAAAGGAUAUUUUAUAUCCUUGUCUAAAUGUUCCGGUGGGCUGCUCUGUUGAGUUGACGCAUAAAGGUCAACAAUUUCUCUCUAAUUUGUUUGACAAAUAUGACAGGGAUAAUGAUGCCGCGCUUUCUCCAGCGGAAUUAAAUAGCCUUCUAUCUGUAUGUCCUGAGCCUCCCUGGACUGGAGAGCUAAGGAAUAUGGUCUGCACAAAUCAACAGGGUUGGUUGAAUCAACACGGAUGGCUGUGUUAUUGGACUUUGACAACCAUGUUCGAUGUGGAAACUACUCUUGAAUAUUUAGCGUAUUUUGGCUAUUUGUAUCAUCACGACAGAGAAACGCAACUGACAGCUGUACAAGUUACCCGUGAGAAGAAGUUAGACCUAUUAAAGAAGCAGUCAACCAGGAAUGUGUAUGUUUGUCAUGUGAUUGGGGCAAAGUCUGCCGGAAAAACGGAGCUUUGUCGAAGUCACAUUGGUGUCACAAGCGCAGAAAAUGGUACUAAUCCUCAUUUGGCUCAAGCAGAACCACAGUACACAAUUAACACUGUUCAAGUCUAUGGACAGGAGAAGUUUCUAAUCUUAAAAGAUAUAGAUAUAACAAAUGUUCGAGAACCACUAAGUCCAUCUGAUGUCAACUGUGAUGUUGCUUGUCUUGUUUAUGAUGUCAGCAAUAGCCGCUCUUUUGAAUACAUUGCCAAAGUCUAUCUUAAAUACUUUGUCGGUAGUCAUGUACCUGUCAUGAUUGUAAGCAAUAAAUCUGAUCUCACUGCUGUCUCGCAAGAUUACAUCUGUCAACCAAAUUUGUUUUGUGACAAUAAUCGUUUACCGCAGCCUCAUGACUUCUCAUCGCGGAAGGGGUCUCAAAAAGAAUUAUUCAUCAAGUUGGCAACGAUGGCUGCAUUUCCUCGUUUUCAUGCUGCUUGGGUUCUGUUCUUUCGGAAAACAAG